AACUUGUUUGUGUUCAAACCGGACCCUCGAUCCCAUCGCUCCGUGAGGCAUUUUAAUAACGUUUUGCUGCUGUCAGAAACAACCUUUCGCUCUCCGGCCAAACUCCAAAGCUUGGAUUCACCGAGCUCCAAGCCUCCGCCCCACCUCCUCGCCCAGAGUGGCUCCGCUGGAUUCUUGCAGCCGCGGAGGAGAGGACGGGAGAGGGGGAUCGGUCCCCACCCCCACCCCAGGCGGGCCGGCGACACCCCCACACCCCACCCCCACACCCCGCACGCGCCCGGCUCUGCCACCUGACCUCCCAGCUGCCUGCGAGUCAUCAGCCUGAUCUCCCCCCAUGACAAUGUCUUCCAUUAAGAUUGAGUGCGUUUUGCGGGAGAACUGCCACUGCGGUGAGUCGCCCGUGUGGGAGGAAGCGUCCAACUCUCUGCUCUUUGUGGAUAUUCCCGCCAAAAAGGUUUGCCGGUGGAAUGCGCUCAGCAAGCAAGUGCAGCGAGUGACCCUGGAUGCUCCUGUCAGCUCUGUGGCCCUUCGCCAGGCAGGAGGCUAUGUCGCCACAGUUGGAACAAAGUUCUGUGCUUUGAACUGGGAAGAUGAGUCAGCAGUUGUCUUGGCCGCUGUCGAUAAAGACAAGAAAAACAAUCGAUUCAAUGACGGGAAGGUGGAUCCCGCUGGGAGAUACUUUGCUGGAACCAUGGCUGAGGAAACAGCGCCGGCGGUUCUGGAACGGCACCAAGGGUCCCUGUACGCCCUCUUUGCCGACCACCACGUGGAAAAGUACUUUGAUCAGGUGGACAUCUCCAAUGGUUUGGAUUGGUCUCUGGACCACAAAAUCUUCUAUUACAUCGAUAGCCUGUCCUACUCCGUGGAUGCCUUUGACUAUGACCUGCAGACAGGAAAGAUUUCCAACCGCAGAAGCAUUUACAAGAUGGAGAAAGAAGAACACAUCCCAGAUGGAAUGUGCAUUGAUACUGAGGGGAAGCUCUGGGUGGCCUGUUACAAUGGAGGAAGAGUGAUCCGCCUGGAUCCUGAGACAGGGAAAAGACUCCAAACCGUGAAGUUGCCUGUUGAUAAAACAACCUCAUGCUGCUUUGGAGGGAAGGAUUACUCUGAAAUGUACGUGACCUGUGCCCGGGAUGGGCUAGACCCUCAGGGUCUUUUGCAGCAACCUGAGGCUGGUGGAAUCUUCAAGAUAACUGGCCUGGGGGUCAAAGGACUUCCUCCAUAUCCUUAUGCAGGAUGAGUGACAAGCCUUCUUUCCUAUUGCAGGAGACUUUGAAGACAACUAGAAAAUUCGGGAGCUGAGAUUUCAGUCUAGCUACCCCAAAAAAAUGAAGCAAUGAGAUUAUUAAUAGCAUUAAAUUUUUACUGACAAUUUUUAAAAGGCAGAGCAUUUUUAACAAAGGGUGAUGGGUGCUUUUGAUAACAUAAGACGUUUUGCAAAGGUGCUAUAGAAAUAUAGAGUUGGCAGUUCCCUGGUGGCCUAGCGGUUAAGAAUCCAGUGCUAUCACUGCUGUGGUUCGGGUUCAGUCCCUGGCCUGGGAACUUCCACAUGCCACAGGGGUGGCCAAAAAAAUAAGAAAUGUAGUUUUUCAGCUGUCAACCCAGCCUCUUGAGUCUUUGAAAUUGCUGGUGGAGUGGGGGAAGAGGGAAGGGACCAUAUCUGCUCUUUAUUCUGCAUACUACACCCAAAGCUUCAAAACACUAAUAAAUAGUAGUUUGGUAAUGACUUA